UCAUUUACGGUAAAGCUUAUCUGAUAGCAGCCAACUAUUUGAGAGUUCAAAAGUACACAGUUCUUAUAUAAGGGUUUUUUUAAAUAUAUUUUUUCUAGAAGUUAAAAAUUAAAAACAGAAGAUUCAUGGUGGAAAAGAAUCCUAGACACAAAGACCAUUCUACUCAACAAUAUGAAAUUAGUUCAUUAUCUUCUCCUAUUUUUGUAUAUUGGUUUAAGUUUUUGUAAGAAUCCAACACUAGUUCAAGAGGAUCUUCUAGAUGAAAAAUGCUUAAAAGAAAAAUACACACAUCAAUCUUGUGAAAAAGUCUUCUGCCAGCCAUGGGAAAAAUGUAUUGAGGGAAGUUGCAUUUGCAAACUUCCUUACCAGUGUCCAAAGGCUGUUAUGUUGGUGUGUUCAACUACUGGAAAAACCUAUAAUAAUUAUUGUCAGCUAAAGAGUCAUGAAUGCAUUUAUCCAAAAACAAAGUUUUUAACUAAUGGAACUUGCACUGGCCAAGGUCAAUUUGAUCUUUCUUUGAAGUAUGGAAAUACAGAGUCAGAGGGGUUUGUUGAAGUAAAACUUGGGAAUGCUACAUCAUUCAUAUGUAAAAAAAAUUGGAGCAUAAUUGAAGCAAAUGUGGCCUGUUUAUAUCGUGGGUUUAAAGGAGGAGCUGUUGAUCAUAAGAAAACAUUUAAUUUCCCUGAUGAUGUUGAUGUCAAGAUCACUGACUGUUUAGAAGCAAAUUGUAGAGGAUUGGAGACUACUUUGGCAGAAUGUGUUUUAAUAAAAAGAAAGGCUAAUAGCAAGGAUUUGGCUGGUGUAGUAUGUCAUACACAAGAAGCAGCAGACCUCUUCAGUGAUUCAUUCCAGUGUGUCAAUGGGAAGUAUAUUCCACAGAAGAAAACUUGUGAUGGCAUCAAUAAUUGUGGAGACCAAAGUGAUGAGCUAUGUUGUAAAGGGUGUAGAAGUGGAAGUUUCUUUUGUAAAUCAGGUGUUUGUAUACCAAAAAAAUAUCAAUGUAAUGGUGAACUGGACUGCAUUAGCGGAGAUGAUGAAAUGAACUGUGAAGGUGUGGAGCACUCUGAAGUUCAAGACUUGAUAGCCUCAACUUCAGUUCAAGGUACUAGAAAUUCUGAACAUGAAGUCCAAGAACAAGAUGAAAUAUUGAAUGUUAAUAUGGAUGAGGACAGAAAAUUUUUGAAAUCUCUUUUACCCAAAAUAAGCUGUGGUGUUAGAAACAAUACACACAUUCGAAGGAAACGAAUUGUAGGAGGAAAGAUUGCAACUAAGGGGCAGUUCCCAUGGCAGGUAGCAAUUAAAGAAGGUAAAAAAAUCCACUGUGGAGGAAUCUAUAUUGGUGGCUGUUGGGUCCUGACUGCUGCACAUUGUGUCAGAAAAAAUUUAGCACAUCGGUACCAAAUAUGGACAGGAUUACUAGACUGGAUAAGAGUUAACAAUGGAACUAAAAUCCAGAAGGUGAAUCGAGUGAUAAUCCACGAAAAGUACACUGGAGUCACCUAUCAAAAUGACAUUGCUUUGAUAGAAAUGCAAAAACACCCAAGCAAAACCACAUGUGAGCUGUUGAAUACUGCCCCUGCUUGUGUUCCCUGGUCCAAGUAUCUCUUCAGACCUGGUGAUAAGUGCUUUGUUUCUGGCUUAGGACGGGAUGAAGAGAAUAAAAAUAUUUUUAAGCUCAAAUGGGGUGAAGUCCAGCUGAUAGGCAACUGUUCUAAAUAUUACUCAAAUCGCUUCUUUGAGAAGGAAAUGGAAUGUGCAGGAACAGAUGAUGGUUCUAUAGAUGCUUGUAAAGGGGAUUCUGGAGGGCCCUUGGUCUGUAUGAACUCCAACAAUGUGUCUUAUGUUUGGGGCAUUGUGAGCUGGGGUGAAAACUGUGGAAAACCUGAAUUCCCUGGUGUUUACACUAAAGUGUCCAACUAUUUUGACUGGAUUAGUCAUCAUGUGGGAAGGUCUUUUAUUUCUCAAUACAAUGUAUGAUAGUGUGGCUUCCUUGUCUUUUCUAUUACAGUCAGAAUUCCCACUUUUACCUAAAUAAAACAAUAUGUAAUUAUUAACUUUUAAAGACAAAAAACCUUUCAAAAGCCACAAAAAAAUUUUAAAACUAUGUUUUUUAGGUUUUUUUCUGUUCCUUAUAAGAUUUGUGCCUGAAUAAAUGCUAUAAAGUUUACUGAAAAGUUCUCAAAAUAAACACUUUUGCAUGCAUGCCAAUAA